AUGGCAGCCACUGGGAUCACAUUCGAGUCCCUUCCUCGCGAAAUUCACGCUCUGGUUCAGUCAAGCCUACCGCCUGUCGAUGUAAAGAGUACGCGCCUCGCAUCGACUGCUUGCAGCCGUGCGUAUCGACUACACUGUCAAAGGGUCUAUCUGUCGGCCAGCUCGCGCGAUAUUACUGUGCUGCGUGCCAUUGCUGACAGCCCGUCGUAUCGCAACGAUGUUGAGGAGCUCGUGUGGGAUGACGCUCGCCUUGUGACGAAGCCGCGGCGAUUCGACCCAUAUUCCAACGAUGAUGACGACGAUGACUCUGACGAUGAAGCUGCUGACGGCACUUGCCCUGGAUGGUUUCGAAGAGGCUGCGAGCGCAGCAUCCAGGACCUCAAAGAUACGCCUUGCCGGGACGGCCCUUUACCGCAACAUGUGCGCAAGCGCACCCUUCUACGCGCCGCGUGGGAUUUGGACCAGUGUUGGGAAUUUUAUAAAGCAUUGCUUGUGGAUCAGGAGCAAGUGCUCCAGUCUGGCUCCGACAUUGAGGCACUUCGAUACGCACUGCAGCAUUUUCCAUCCCUGCGAACAAUCACCAUUACCCCGACGGCGCAUGGUAAGCUCUUCAUGCCUGCAUACCAGACACCAAAGAUACGCAGCUUCCCAGAGAAUCUCAUCUACCCCAUCCCAUACGCAUGGCCGUACUGCGAUCCUGGCAACAAUCAACCAGAGGUCCAGCCUUGGAAUGGCAACGACGGCAUCUGGAGUGGCUAUAGCAAAAUACUCCAGACGUUAGAGGAUUGCAAAAAUAACAUUACCGAUUUCAUCGUGGAUACACACGGAUUUGAUACCGGCAUCAACUGCUAUGCGGUCUGCGACGAGAGCUCUGUGCAGGCCAAUUUAGCCAAGUUGUGCGCCAGACAGGGCUUCCGUCGCCUUGACCUAGCCCUAUUUGUCAACGGCCUUGAACAUGACGGCUUUAUGCCGCUUCGCUCAGGAAAAUUAUAUUCUACUCUAUCGGCUGCUAAAGAUAUUGAGCACUUCCACUUCUCUACGAGUCUUGAGAUGGAUAUGUCUGGCGAGGCAGCCCAGCUAGACGAGGAUGACGAGGACAUGGACGAGCACCAUUUACCCCUGAGAUCGCUCUUCCCGGUGGACACGUGGUCAAAUCUGCGUUUCUUCGGGAUUACCAAGUUCCUAGUCCUUACGUCUGACCUGGUGGACUUGCUUGGCGUGCUGCCGCAGUCCGUAGCACGGGUCGAGCUCAACUUUCUCAUGUUUUUACAGAGAGGCACAUACGGAGACCUCCUCGAGCAGAUGCGCCAGCGUCUCGACUGGGCCAACCGUGCGCUUGACGCACGACCUCGUGUCGUCAUCUCGGUGCCGCCAGACGCAAACGACAGGCCAACGCUAGUAGUCACUGUAGACAACCAGGUCAACGCCUUCCUCUACCAGAAUGGGCCCAACCCGUUCUUCAGCAGCGACAUGGGGGUCAUGGCAAACUAUGCCGAGCACGGCGUGGGUGCAGUUGAAUGGGACUGGCUCGACCCGGAGCAUCGUAGGCCAUAUGCAGACGACGAAACGCAGCAAGAGCAGGGAUAUUACGGCUAUAUGGAUUGGGACGAAUAG